AUGAGCUCACCCUUCAUGUUCCUCUGUGGAGCUGUGGCGUUUGCUGUAGCGCACCCACCAAUCCAUGCCAACAUUCAUGAAAGCAUGGCAAACUUGGUCAACGAGUUGGACUCGAAACUCACAUCAAAGCCGGUCCUAAAGAUGACCAAGGCCCUCACCGACACCAGCAUCCAAGCCGGAGAUCGUUUCGUUCUCGAGUGCGAGGUUCUCUCAACCCCAACCGCCACAAUUCAUUGGGAUAAAGACGGCGUCCGUGUGCAGGGUGAUAAGGAAGUGAACGUUCGUGAGAAGUUGCUCAACCUGGCCUCCCCAGUUGUCGAGUCUGGAAUCGUGAUCUCGACUUUGACCAUUCCCUGUCUUCAACCAGAAGACUCCGGAGAGUACCGCUGCAUUGCUUUCAACGGUCAUCAAACCGCCAAGAGCUCCGCCGAACUCAUCGUUGACGGACAAGCCGAGUGCAAGUCCGCUCGUCAUGCUCCACCAACCAUCAACCAGUGGACUGACAGUCGCUUUGAAUUGGAAGGUAACGCCGCGACUCUCAUGUGUCGCUCCAACGAGCUCGUCACCCGUUCCUGGACCUUCGGAGAUAAACCAAUUGUGUCAGACGGAGAUCGUUACGUAGUCGAGCCCAAUGGAGACCUCCUAAUCAAGAAUAUCGCUUGGGAGGAUAUGGGAUCUUACAUCUGCACCGUUUCCAACGCACACGGAGAGGACAAAGUCGAAACUUUCCUGUACCCGACGAAGAAGAAUGUCUAG